UGUAUUCCUAUUUUCCCACUUUCAUUUCCCAUUUCCCACCUCAAUCUCUCUUUUUCUCUCUUUCUUUUUUGGCCUCUCCCUCCUUUGUGAAUAUGCACACGGUUGGGUUGAAUUGUAAAGACAAAACUCCAUAAUUUUCUCUCUCCUUCUCUCUCACUGAUUGAAGCUCACCUCAAACAAAGCUGCCCUUCUGCCAGCCUUACUCAAAUGCUUUUUUUUCUGACAUAAACAUAAAAACACCCCAUCAAAAAGCAUCCCACUUAACACAAAUCAAGCAACAACAACAACAAAAACAACAACAACACCCAACACAAAUCCAGCAACAGCAACAGCAACAGCCACAAAAACAACAACAACCCAACAUUAAAAACACAAAAUUAGCAACACCCACUGAAAGAAAGAUAAAAACUUCAUCAUGGGUUGUUGCCAAUCUUCAGAAAACCACCCAGAAAAACACCCCAAAAACACCAAUUCUAACCAACCACUUCAUCACCACCAGCAAACGCCGUCAACUGACGUUGUUGGCGGUGUCGGUGGUGGAGGUGUUGGUGGUGGUGUUCCUGCCUUUGCAGAGUUCUCUUUUGCUGACUUAAAAUCGGCAACAAAUAAUUUUAAUUCAGAAUUUAUAGUGUCAGAAAGUGGUGAAAAAGCACCUAACCUUGUUUAUAAAGGCCGCCUCAAAAAUCAACAGUGGAUUGCUGUGAAGAAGUUUACCAAAUUAGCUUGGCCUGAUCCUAAGCAAUUUGCGGAGGAGGCUUGGGGAGUUGGAAAAUUGAGGCACCAAAGACUUGCAAAUUUAAUUGGAUAUUGCUGUGAUGGUGAUGAGAGGUUGCUGGUUGCUGAAUUCAUGCCUAAUGAUACUCUUGCCAAACAUUUGUUCCACUGGGAAAAUCAGACAAUUGAGUGGGCAAUGCGAUUGAGAGUCGCUCUUAAUGUUGCUGAAGCCUUAGAUUACUGUAGUACUGAAGGUCGUCCAUUGUACCAUGAUCUAAAUGCUUACAGGGUUCUCUUUGAUGAGAAUGGUGAUCCUAGACUUUCGUGUUUUGGAUUAAUGAAAAACAGUAGGGACGGAAAAAGUUACAGCACCAAUCUUGCCUACACCCCUCCAGAGUACCUUAGAAAUGGGAAAGUUACCCCUGAAAGUGUUAUUUACAGCUUUGGUACAAUUCUUUUGGAUUUGCUGAGUGGAAAGCACAUACCUCCAAGUCAUGCCCUCGAUAUGAUACGUGGCAAUAAUAAUAUCCUUUUAAUGGAUUCCCAUCUAGAGGGCAAAUUUUCCACUGAAGAAGCUACUGCAGUUGUUAAUCUGGCUUCUCAAUGUUUGCAAUAUGAACCUCGGGAGCGCCCGAACACCAAGGAUCUUGUUUCAACGCUCGCGCCAUUGAAUACUAAUCCUGAUGUUGCAUCGUACGUGAUGCUUGGGGUAUCACAGCAAGAAGAAGCACCUCCUACCCCACAGCGGCCUCUUUCGCCAAUGGGCGAAGCAUGCUCUCGGAUGGAUCUUACAGCAAUUCAUCAAAUACUGGUUAUGGCACACUACAGAGAUGACGAGGGAACGAAUGAGCUAUCUUUUCAAGAAUGGACCCAACAAAUGAGAGAUAUGCUAGACGCUAGGAAACGUGGAGAUUAUGCCUUUAAGGACAAAGACUUCAAAACAGCUAUUGAUUGUUACUCUCAGUUUAUAGAUGUAGGGACUAUGGUCUCACCGACUGUAUAUGCAAGGAGAAGCUUGUGCUAUCUUAUGAAUGACCAAGCAGAUGCAGCCCUAAGAGAUGCAAUGCAAGCACAAUGUGUGCACCCUGAUUGGCCAACGGCCUUCUAUAUGCAGUCAGUUGCUCUUGCGAAGCUAGAUAUGCAGAAGGAUGCUGUCGACAUGCUGAACGAAGCGGCUGGCCUUGAAGAAAAGAGGCAGAAAGGUGGAAGAAGUUGAUCAUAUCAUCCAUGAUCUCCCUUGGUCAAAGAAUGGAUUAAUUCUUCUUCAAAGAUAACCUGAUCAACUUGAGUUUCUGUAAAAUCUGAAAUAGAAAUGGAAGAAUCUUAUUGAUGCAAAAAAAUUGCAUCAUGUUACACUUUCGAUUGUAUGAUUGUGUGAUCAAUUGUAUGUUAUUGGGGGCUAUAAUAGAUUGAGAAAAGAAGGGAAAAGGAUAAAAGGAAAAAUGCAAUUUGCAAAGAAA